AUGGUGCAAUUCUCGAGUAGUCGGAAGAUUCAUAAGUGCUCUGAUGACUUAUACCGACUACCCCAACGAGUGGGAGAAUCCCUCCGUGACUUCCUGUCAAGAUUCAAUACGGAGAAAGUAUCCAUACCCUAUUGUGACCCAGGAACAACUAUUCAAGCACUCCGGAGUUGUUUACUCCCAGAUGGGGAGUUUUAUGAAGAACUCACGAAGUGCAAUGUGAGGAGCUAUGAAGAGGCUCUAAUCAAAGCUACUGUUUUUGCUCGAUGGGAGGAGGACGCAAGAAGAAAGCCAUCUAAUCCUCCUAAGGAAGAGAAGCGAGAAGACAAACGUCCAAGGAAGGAACAGUCGACCGUUGCGGAGCCUAGCAGUAACUGGCGCUCCCGUAAAUCCGGAGCAUCCGAUUAUGCCAAGAACUAUCCAGAGUACCCUCUUAGGAUACACCAAGUCGAGGUCGUUCAGGUCUUAAAGAAGAUGGGUAGUGAGGUGAAGUGGCCGCCUAAGAAAGAGACUGAAGGAUGGAAAGACCCCAAGAAGUGGUGUGAUUUUCAUCAGGACAUUGGCCACACUACUCCUGAUUGCAGAGGCCUUAGAUAUGAAGUAGAUUACCUGUUGAAAAAAGGUCAUCUCAGAGAGUUGCUCUCUGAGCGCGGUAAGGCUAUCUGGGAAAAGAGGAAAGUCGAUAACCUAGAAGCAUUGCCACCGCCACCACCAGUUACUCAAACCUACUGUGUGAUUUCUGGGGGAUCAGAGAUCAGUGGAUUGUCCCACACCUCUGCCAAGAAGUACGAGAAGGAAACAGUGAACCCAGCUGCUAAAAUGGCGCGAUCCCUGGGAACUUUCACUAACCAAGUAAUGGUCUUUACUGACGACGAAGCCACACAAUUGCUACAUCCGCACCAUGAUGCUCUGGUACUUACGCUUCAGGUUACAAACGUUAAUUUGAAGCGAAUUCUGAUUGACAAUGGGAGUUCUGCCAAUGUGUUGUUCUUGGUUGCAUAUAAAGGAAUGAGUCUGGACGAGACCUUGAUAUUACGAAAGUCAACAGCACUCAUUGGGUUCAAUGGUGAGGUGAGUCAUUCCCUGGGAGAAGUCAUGUUACCCAUAUAUGCUCCAGGGUUGAACAAGCAGACUCGGUUCUCCAUUGUAGACUCGUCUCUGCUUAUAAUGCUAUUUUGGGACGUCCAUGGUUGCAUGCGAUAUGGGCCGUGCCCUCUACUUAUCAUCAGAUCUUGCGCUAUCCUACCAAUAAUGGCGUAA